AUGUCAGACUCGGCAGUCCGAAUUGCGAUUGACACUGCUCUGGAUAAGGUUGCUAAACAACUCCGCGAAUUGAAUCAUGAUAUAUGGUCCAACCCCGAACUUGCCUACGAAGAACACCAAGCGCACGAUAACAUCUGUAACUUCCUUGAAAGCCAAGGUUUUACAGUCACCAGACAUGCCUAUGGUGUCGAUACUAGCUUCGAAUGCAUCAGUGGCACAGAAGGUCGCCUGGUCAACUUCAACGCAGAGUACGACGCAUUGCCUGAUAUUGGACAUGCUUGUGGACACAAUCUUAUCGCAACCAGUAGCAUUGCGGCAUUUUUAGCAUUGAGCCAUCUACAGAAGGAGUUUGGGGUUGGCGGUCGCAUUCAGUUGCUUGGUACACCUGCGGAAGAGAACGGUGGAGGUAAAGCCAAAUUGCUCAACGCUGGGGCUUACAAGGAAGUUGAUGUUUCUCUGAUGGCUCACGGAGGACCAAAGAAGAUGGUUGGAGUGCCAGCCGAUGGUGUAGCUGGAGUCCUAAUGAAUGCCCGGAAGGAGCUAUGGGUAGAGUACUUUGGAAAGAAUGCACACGCCGGAGGAAACCCAUGGGAAGGUGUUAAUGCGCUGGAUGCACUGGUGACCGCAUACAACGGUGUCUCCACCCUAAGACAGCAUAUUCUCCCCGAUGAGCGAAUUCACGGUGCAUUCUUGGAUGUGCCCAAGGUUGCCAACAUUAUUCCAGCAUACACCAAGUCUUACUGGCAGAUCCGAAGUCCGACUUUGGGUGGACUUGAUAAGCUUAUUGCAAGAGUUCGGCGGUGUAUGGAGGGCGCCGCUACCACCAGCGGUUGCACAGUAAAGAUUGAGGAGGAGGGGCUGUAUACGGAUAUUGUCUUGAAUGACACCCUUUGUGAUCGAUAUACCACUCACAUGAAAGGAUAUGGGAAGAACAUCAUUCAGAAGUACGAUAAGGUCUUGACCGGCUCAUCUGACGUUGGGAACGUAAGCUAUGCUGUUCCGACACUUCACUCGACAUUUGCCAUCCCAACCCCCGAAGGCUCCUACCCACACCAUCCCUCGUUCACUGCCUGUGCUGGCACCGACGAAGCACACCAGGAGGCUAUUACUGUCGGUAAAGGGCUGGCUCUCCUAGGCUGGGACAUGUUGACCAAUGACAACCUCUUCAGCACCGCUAAGUCUCAAUGGGAAGGACAAAUUCCGAGCAAGGCCGAGAACUGA